AUGUAUGAACUCACUAUGGCCAUCCCAUGCCGGAGGAUCCCGUGUCGUGCCAGCGCUCCCUCCGGGUCCUUCUUCGCCAGGGACAACACAGCUAACUUCCUGACUUGGUGUCGUCAGGUGGGGGUGGGAGAGACCUGCCUGUUUGAGUCUGAGGGACUGGUUCUUCACAAACAGCCACGGGAAGUAUGCCUCUGUCUCCUACAACUGGGAAGGAUAGCAUCUCGGUACAACGUGGAGCCUCCAGGGCUUAUCAAGCUGGAGAAGGAGAUAGAACAGGAGGAGAAAGUAUCUCCACCCUCACCUGUCUCUCCCUCCCCAUCCCUCUCUCCAUCCCCCUCUCCAAACCCCCCAUCCCCCUCUCCAACCUCUCCAUCCCCCUCUCCAACCUCUCCAACCUCUCCAUCCCCCUCUCCAACCAAGUGCUUGUCGUCUAGCAAGAAGAGCACAGGGAAGCUGCUGGAUGAGGCUGUGAAGCAUAUCUUUGAGGAGCCUCCCUGCAAGUGUCCCAAUAAAUUCUGUGUGGAGAGACAGGCUCAGGGCCGCUAUCGCGUCGGGGAGAAGAUGCUCUUUCAUG